AUGACCACCGAAGUCGCACUCUUCGACUACGAAGCGACGUCAACUCUUCUCGACCAUGCGUUAGUUAGUGCCUGGCAUUGGGCAGAACCGAAGAGAUUUUCCAAAGGCGCGGAGAAACUCCUCUUCCCACGUCGUACCAGCAACAUCAGCGCAAGGGAGUCUAAACGGCGGAAGAGUUCAUCACGUCUAUUUUUGGACCUCGGUCACCUCAUCAUCUCUGUCCUUCAAAUCGCCGAAGUCACUCGCCAUGUCUACUACACAUUCCACAGUGUCUGCCUUGUUCACAUCCGGAGCGGAGGAGUCACGAUGGUGGUUCCGCAGGGCUUUAGUGCUGAGCAGAUCGGCAAGACUUCGACCUCAACCAACCCAGCGCAUCGGAACUGCUUCCGUCACACGACUCUCCCUUCUCACAAGCCAAUGAUCACACCCACUCGCACUAGCGGUGGCAAGCUCGCAAGCUCCGAUGCAACUUCCGACCUCAGCUCCCUCGACCAUAAUACCGCAGCUAAUCGACGAUGUGACCAAGCGGCAACAUCGACAUCCACUCCAGCGUCGAUGGCGAACGGGAAGAUCACUAUUGGCUCACCAGUACAUGAUUCCGCCGCAAUGUCGAAUUGCUUGACUAACAAGGGCCGGAGCCGGGACAAUCUCGUGCACUGCCGCCUCUUCGACCGUCUCGGCAUCAACGCAAAGACUGCUCUUCUAGCUCUCCUCGGCGAUCCCGUCCUCGGAGUGGACGUCUCCACCGACUGCCGCUGGCUCCUCGCAGCCUGCAAGACCUACCUCCUGCUUACCGAUACUCUUCAAUCAGAAGGGAAGAACGUCGGCAAGCUGGGCUUCGAAGGUCAUUCGCCAAAUGCAAUAAGUCGCAACCGCGUCGGCUCGCCCUUACGCCUUCCUACGUGGCGCAGUUCCAGCAUAAAACCAAGACACCUCAUCAAGAAGCUCAAGAAAGGCCUCACACAGACACUACCGCGAAAAAGCCGCAUUAAGACACCUGCGACAAACGUUAAGCUCACAAAACCUCAAGACACCCUUAGGAAGACCUCGCCCAACUACAUCAAAGCAACUCCAACAAGCAAAACAUCGGCCGAACGACCCCAACGGUCGCCCAAGGGUUACGGCGAGCUCAUCUUCACCGACGCCGCCGGCUUCAUCUGCCGCAUAAACCAGGACUUUCAAUAA